CUUCGCUUCCGCUAUCUUGAGCGCACUGAAAGCCAACUAACUGAUGAAACUACAACAAACAUAAUGCCUAAUGGAGUAGGAUUAUCGAGGAGUUGGAAGCAGCAGGUCAAGAAGAAGACGACGACGACGAUGAGAGGCACAAUGAGAAAAAUUUUGUUUCUCCUAUUCUUCCUCGCAUUCUUCUCCUCUCAUGCCACUCUCAUUGUCGACGAAGCUUCCGCUCUCCAAGCCUUCAAGUCGGGCCUCAUCGACCCCUUGAACGCCCUCAGAGACUGGAAUAUGGCCGCAGCUGCCGCCGCCGGCCACUGCAACUUAACCGGAAUCCACUGCAAUGCGGAAGGCUUCGUCGAAAGACUCGGUCUUUCUCAUAUGAAUCUCAGCGGCGCCAUCUCCUUCGAUGCAUUCCGCUACCUCCCCGCCCUCACCCACCUUAAUCUCUGCUGCAACUCCUUCUCCGGCUUUCUGCCGGAAACUUUACCUAUCCUUGCCGAGCUGCGUGAGCUCGAUAUCAGCGACAAUGACUUUGCUGGCAUUUUCCCGGUUGGCGUCGGCUCCUUCCCGAAGCUGAGAACUCUCAACGCAUCCGGGAACAAUUUCGCAGGCAUUCUACCCGAGGACGUCGGCAAUGCGUCCCUUCUCGAAACCCUCGAUCUCCGCGGUGGAUUCUUCACCGGAUCAAUCCCUAGAACUUAUAAGAACCUGCAAAAGCUAGUAUUUUUAGGCCUUUCCGGCAACAACCUCACCGGCGAGCUCCCUGCGGAGCUCGGCCAGUUUGCCUAUCUGGAAACGCUCAUAAUCGGAUACAAUGGGUUCGAAGGCAAGAUUCCGCCAGAACUCGGCAAUCUCACAAAUCUCCGGUAUCUUGACAUGGCGGUCGGAAGCCUCAGCGGCCCUAUUCCGGCGGAACUCGGGAAGUUGCCUUAUCUCUCCGUUGUUUACUUAUACAGGAACAAACUUCAGGGAGGAAUACCAAAAGAGAUUGGGAAUAUCUCAUCCCUCGUCUCCCUGGACCUAUCAGACAACUUAAUCUCAGGCGAGAUUCCUCCGGAAUUAGUUCAAUCGAUUAAUCUCCAGCUGCUGAAUCUUAUGUGCAAUAAACUCCAAGGUCCCCUGCCGUCCAGCUUCGGCGACCUGCCCCACCUUCAAAUUCUUGAGCUUUGGAACAAUUCCCUCACGGGACCUCUUCCACCCAAUCUCGGCCAGAAAUCCUUACUACAGUGGCUGGACCUGUCAUCCAAUUCGUUUUCCGGGGAAAUUCCUUUAAGCCUCUGUGACGGAGGCAGCCUCACAAAGCUCAUUCUUUUCAAUAACAAUUUCUCUGGCCCGAUCCCAGCCCGCCUAUCCACUUGCCAAAGUCUAGUCAGAGUCAGAAUACAGAAUAACCGGAUCAAUGGAACAGUGCCGGCGGGUUUAGGCCAAUUGCCGAGGCUGCAGAGGCUCGAGCUAGCGGGCAACGAGCUCUCCGGCGAAAUCCCUGAAGAUUUAACCUCUUCGACUUCGCUCUCCUUCAUAGAUUUAUCCCGCAAUAGUCUCCAGAUCUCUCUUCCAGCCAACAUCCUCUCCAUCCCAACGCUCCAGACGUUCUCUGCCUCCGGCAACGAGCUCGCCGGCGAGAUCCCGAACGAUCUUGAAGGCUGCUCUGCUCUCGGCACUCUCGACCUCUCCGGAAAUCGUCUCACCGGACCAAUACCAGCAAGCCUAACAAGUUGCCAACGGCUCAUUAAUCUCAACCUCAGCAAUAACGAGCUCACCGGCGAAAUCCCAAAGGCCAUCGCUUUGAUGCCCAUACUAGCCAUUCUUGACCUCUCUUGCAAUUCCCUCUCCGGCUCCCUCCCAGAGAACCUCGGCUCGUCCCCUGCUCUGGAGACACUUAACAUCUCAUACAACAAUUUCUCCGGCCCGGUGCCCAUGAAAGGCAUCCUCCGAACGAUGAACCCGGAUGACGUCGCCGGCAACCCAGACCUCUGCGGCGGCGUUCUCCCCUCCUGCUCCGACGAUCACCCCGCACCAGAGAGCUUAAGGAGACCAGAUUCACAUAUCAAAAGCAUUGUAACUUGUUGGUUUGUUGGAACGUCCGCCAUUUUAACCACCGCCGCCGGAUUUCUCCUUGCCCGACGGCUUUACUCGAGAUGGUACAUCGGCAUAUCAUGCUGCCCUAACCGAUUCAACAAAGAUCUCGCCGACGGCGGCCCUUGGCCUUGGCUGCUCACGGCCUUCCAGCGCCUCAACUUCACCACCGCCGACGUGCUCGCCUGCAUCAAAGAAUCCAAUGUAAUUGGAAUGGGCGCCACCGGCAUAGUCUACAAAGCUGAGAUCCCGCGCCACCACGCCGUCCUUGCAGUCAAGAAGCUAUGGCGCUCGCCUGGCGGCCGCGGCGGCGAUGACGCUGGCGAAUUCGUUGGAGAAGUGAAUCUCUUGGGCAGGCUCCGUCACCGAAACAUCGUUCGAAUGCUGGGCUAUCUCCACAACGACAUCGAGACGAUGCUUUUAUACGAGUACAUGCCUAAUGGGAGCUUAUGGGAGGCGCUGCACGGCGAGGCAGUGGGGCUGGCGGCGGCAUGUACGAGGUAUAAUGUGGCGGCAGGGGUGGCGCAGGGGCUUGCUUACCUGCACCAUGACUGCCACCCGCCAGUGAUCCACCGGGACGUUAAAUCGAGCAAUAUACUGCUUGACGUGAAUCUAGAAGCGAGAAUUGCUGACUUCGGCCUUGCGAGGACGUUGCUCAGGAAGAACCACACCGUCUCUACCAUCGCCGGCUCCUACGGCUACAUUGCUCCCGAAUACGGAUAUACAAUGAAAGUAGACCAAAAAAGCGAUAUUUACAGCUUUGGCGUGGUGUUAAUGGAGCUGAUAACGGGGAGAAAACCGGUGGAAGCAGAGUUCGGCGAAGAUCGAGACAUAGUUGGAUGGGUAAUGGAUAGACUAAGGGCCGACCGCCCGCCGAUUGACGAGGUACUCGACAGGAGCAUCGCCGGGCAAUGCAAGCAUGUUCAAGAAGAGAUGCUUCUCCUUCUGCGAAUCGCCCUUCUCUGCACAGCACGGUCGCCCAAGGACCGACCAUCGAUGAGAGACGUAUUGACGAUGCUGGCCGAGGCAAAGCCUCGUCGAAAAAGCAAUGGGGCCAGCGAAGCCGUCUCGUACGUAGGGAGAAAGGAUGUUAGGCCGGUGUUCAUGCCGGCAAUGCCGGAUUCUGACUUUGUAUGAUUGGUGCAUGGUUGACUUCAAUUCAUUCGAUUAUGAGUUUGUUCAUAUAAUUGUU